AUGCCGCCCACCGGUCCUCGGAGGCCCGGGUGUGAGUGCGUCAAAAAGAACAUUGACUGCAACCGAAAUCUCAGGGUUCGCUUCCGGCACAAAUCCAAGACCGGAGAGCCUCAGCCUGAGUUUUCAACCUCCCAGAUCUGGUGCAAGACGGCUGGCAAGAGACUCAAGUUUCUCGAUCAAAGUCUUGAGGUUGCUCGGUAUUACGACGACGAUGCCGAGUCGGAUGGGGAAUCACGACAACCCCUGCGACAGCAGAAUCUUGAUCGCAGCACCUCCCCGCCCGGUCCCGAUCAACAGCCAGUAGCAUCUCUCGAGACUGCUUCAAGUGCCGGUUCUGCGGGUCUUGCGCAGCAGACAGAUCGCGAUUACGUCUCACCCAUUCAAGGGUCAUCAGGGAGUUCUCCCCGACUCGAUCCUGGCCUCUCACAACCGUCCAUCUUCUCCUGCCAACGACUGCAUCAUGUGCCCUUGCCAGUACACGCUGGCAGCAGUAUUGCGGCCUUAGGUGGGCCUCGUCAAUACCACCCUUUCUCUAAUCAUAGCCCAUCAAGCUCCAAUACCUUUUCACAUGAUCAAACAUCCACCAAUGCCGAGCUACCACCUGCACCACUCAACAAUCGCACCAGGGCGAAGCUAUUCCGUCAUUAUAUCAAAUAUAUCGCGCCCGCAUUCGACUCUUACGACCCAACCAGAUACCUCUCAACAUGCGUUCCGUCGAUAGCUGCGACAUGUCCCGCAUUCCUCGAGCUGAUCCUAGUUGUUGCCGCCGGACAUCUUCAUACUGUUCAAGGCGGUUCUCCAAACCUUGAACUCGAUGUCUAUAGGCGACAGCUGCCAUCUCACGAUGAUUUCUUACAACAAAUGGUCCAGUCAGGCAUGGACAUGUCACAUCUCGAUGUUGCCGUUUUACUCUAUCAUUUCUGCGAAAAUCUUCAAGGUUAG